UAUAAUGUCAACUGAAAGGAAAAAUCUUGGUCGUCAAAAAAUUGAGAUGAAAAAGAUGAGCAAAGAGAGCAAUCUGCAGGUGACUUUCUCGAAGCGCCGUAGUGGGCUCUUCAAGAAAGCCAGUGAGCUUUGCACACUUUGUGGUGUCGAUGUUGCUCUCGUUGUAUUCUCACCUGGUGAAAAGGUAUUUUCCUUUGGUCAUCCACAUGUUGAUACAGUCAUAGAACGUUAUCUAUCACACAUUCCACCCCAAAAUAAUGGCACCAUGCAAUUCAUUGAGGCUCACCGUAGCGCCAACGUUCGUGAGCUAAAUAACCAGUUCACUCAAAUCAACAAUACGUUGGACAUUGAGAAGAAGCGUGGUGAAGAGCUGAGUCAUUUGCGUAAGGUAAUUGAAGCUAAAUUCUGGUGGGCUCAUCCCAUUAAUGGGAUGGAUAUGGCUCAAUUGAAAUUAUUCAAAAAGGCUUUGGAGGAUCUUAGGAAACUUGUUGCACAAGAUGCUAAUAGACUUGUAAUUCAAGGUCCGCCUACUCAAACUAUUCCAUUUUUUGUUUGAAAUAGUUUUAAGUUUAACAUGUCUCUCCAUCGUCAAGGAAAUAUUCAUCAAGCUUAAAUGUUUCAACCAUAAUUUUUUCAAAAUCUUAUGAUGCAAUCUCAUUUGUUUGGCUUCAACAAUAUGAGAAGAACUCACAUAUAUGGACCCUUCGCAUUCUUUUGUUUCGAUGGUUGGGAUUUUCCUUAGGAUGCCCAUAUGAAUAUUUAUUUUUCAUGUUGUUUUAAUCUAUU